AGACACUUACUUUGAUGCUAUAUUACACUGCUUUGCUGCGAUGAGGAUAUCUGUCCUGCUACUUCCUCCAAUCUCUCUGUAGUCGUCUACAAAUCAUCAGCAUUAGCUUGGCUUCUGAGGUAUAUGCGUGGGACAGGGUUGCCUUAGUCUCUGUGUUCUUUCUUCGGAGUCCUCUCUCUGCUGUUGUUGCCAACCUCGUUACUUCCAGCAAAUUGCGAGAUAAGUUUGUUGAGUGUCAAUAUACGUCGGAUACUCAUCAUCGUUAAGCCCAGUGAUUGUUUGUGUACUUUCUAAUUCUCUCUCUCUCAGCGUCGUCUCUUUCUAUGAUCACGCUCUUCACAUCCAUCGGCCCUCGCACCCUGUCGUGUUCUGUCCCGAAGUCGCACUUCCCGUAGUUUCAAGAUAUGUACAGUUUCAGUUACCUUUCAGUUAUCUCAUUUGCAAUCUGAUUGUCUCAAAAGACUUUAGAAUUUUCUGUAACUGUCUCUCAUCACCCGGAGGGUUAGUGAGCAGGCCUCGACAUCGAGCGAUGGAGCUUGGCAAUGAUGACUUAUUUUAAUUUCACAGUUUGCCUGAAUUACAUGAUCGACGAAACCGAGCCUGAGUCAAUUGCUCUGAAAACGGCAUAUCAUCUCGUCACUUAGGCGCUCAAUGGACGCCUCGUUCACACGAAGGUGCAAUCUCUCUGCAGUGAUGAUCAAUCUUUGCAUGUUAGACUAUGGAGAUGGUUCUUACCGUCCAUGAAUAACAACUUAUUUCUGAGCAGAGAGAUUAGAUUAUCGUAGUUCACCACGUUGUACCGGACACAAGGCCGAACGUAGGUCUGCUCAAUUUGACCGCCUUCGCCCUCUUCGCUUUCACUUUGAUGAGUAGUAAACAAGAGCGAUAAUGCGAAGUGAAUAAACUUAAAACUGGUCACAAACCCUUGAUCACUCUGUAGAAGUACACCAGAAACACGAAACAAAUACAUGGACUUUUACGCAGUAAGAGGUGAGCAAAACCGGGUGGCGUGCGCUGCACUUGAGGGAAGUUACGUUUUUCGGAUCUUCGCGAGGCAAACAGAGGGAACGAAAUUUCAGCUUCACAGUGCUGCGACGACUCCUUUCAUCAAGAGCUUUGAAAUCCCUCCAAUAUGCAAGAGACACGUAAAUCUUCUCUCAGACUGUAGUGAAGUGAUCUGCAAGCGUCGACGCGAUCGACAACAUGUUGCAGACUGCGAGAUGCGAAGCCAUCUAUCAGGUGUGACGGCCUAGCGUAUGGUACGUGAGAAUCUCAUGGUAGGUGGAAGUGUUAUUCUGCUCAGUGUAAAUAUCCUGUAAGAGUUCAUCAGUAGAUGAACAGAAGGCGCACUUAAGCAGAUUAGGCACAUAGACUACCGUGUGUAUUGCGACGAUUCAUUUCGGAGCACUCUGGAGCAAACCUUUGGCCUUUUCAAAACAGGAAUACACUACUUGUACGACGAGAAAACUCUGCAAGUCGAUUUUCCCAAUUAUGUCUGAAAAGGAAAAUCUAGUUGCUGUGAGAAGGAACACCAACAG